AUGUUCGCGAAGAAUUUGUGGUACUUGGUUACUUUUUCUCUGUGUUCUCCCUGCUUAAUCCAGGUCAUUGUCAGAGAGAUUGUUACCAGAACUGUUGUUGCACAGUUUAGGGCACAUAAGAGUCCUAUUCAAUCACUAUGCUUUGAUCCUAGUGGCAUUCUUUUAGUGACGGCUUCAGUUCAUGGUCACAAUAUCAAUGUUUUUCGUAUUAUGCCUGGACAUUCUGGAGCUUCUUCUGGCCCUUCUUAUUGCCAUAUUUAUAGGCUUCAACGUGGUUUCACAAAUGCUGUCAUACAGGGUAUAAGUUUUAGUGUUGACAGCCAAUGGAUAAUGAUUAGUUCAUCGAAAGGAACAAGUCAUCUCUUUCCUAUUUAUCCUUCAGGGGGGAUAGUAUCCACUGAUGCUUGUUUUAGUACCAGAAACACUGGAUCCAGCUUGAUGGCAGAUCCCAUGGUUUGCGAGCCACCAAGUUCAGGAUUGCAGGUGCUAACUCAACAGAGUGUCUGCGUGUCUGGGCCCCCAAUUACAGUUAAUGCUGUUAGCAGAAUAAGGAACGGAAAUAGUGGAUGGAGAAACACAGUGAGUGAUGCUGCUGCAGCUGCAACUGGGUGGACAAGUUCUCUUUCUGGAGUAAUUGCUUCUGCUUUCUACAACUGCAAAGCCAAUGAUUUGUAUGCAGAUACCAGUUCUCCUAAGAAAAACUAUUACCUGAUGGUUUUUUCUCCUUCUUGUAACAUUGUUCAAUAUGCACUGCGGCUCUCUCCUGUGGUUGAUAGCAAAACAUCUUUGCCUGGAGCAAGUCCCACUUGUGAAUCAGGCCUCGACUGUGAUACAAGAUUAGCAGUGGAGCCAAUUCAGAAGUGGAAUGUUUGUCAAAAACAAAACAGAAAGGAGCGAGAAGAUAAUAUCUAUGGUGAAAAAGUAAAUUCAGAUUGCAGUAAAGUAUUUCCCAAAAGAACGAGACACGAAAACAGUGUACGUUCCAAUGUUGUGGUUACAACUACAAAAGAUAAAAUGACCAAUGAAAGACAUCAUAUGUAUAUAUCUGAGGUGGAACUCCAGAUGCAUCAAAGUCGGAAUCCAUUGUGGUCGAGAUCUGAGAUAUAUUUUCAGUCAAUGCUGACUGAUGGCUGUAAUAUAGACGAGGAAGGUGCUUGUGUUGAAAGAAUCCCUGUUCGCACACUUGAAAUGAGGUCAAAAAACUUGGUUCCAGUUUUUUAUUAUCUUCAACCUUCCAAAUUUCAACAGGAGAGGAUUCCUGUUAUAAAUAGUGGCAACAAUGGCCAAACCCUAUAUCAGGGGUCUGAGAAUGGAGAACCAACCUACAGGAUCAGUUCUGGCUCUCUCGACUCAACUAACAACAUUGGCAUUGUAGUGGCUGAAUCAAACAAUGACGCUGAAGGAACAGGUCGUGAUGGUCUUCAGCAAAAGAAGGCUACGAGUUUGAUUAAAGGUUUGAAGGUAUAUUUUUAUUCUCUUGGAAGCUUCCUUGAAGUUUCAUAA